AAGCGGUGUUCUAUCCCUCUCCCCGCAUCCUUGGGUGCUUUCUUUCUCCCUUUGUCUCUUCAGAUCUUCUGGUGCUGCUGCUUUUCCUCUCACUCAGAUCUCUUCUCUCUCUGUCUCCUCUCUGGUUUGGUUAUGGCGUCGAACGCGAGCUCCGACGAUCUGAAGCCCGUCUUCAGGGAGGUGUACGGUCGCCUGAAGGAGGAGCUCCUCAAUGAUCCUGCGGUUGACUACACUGAAGACGCUCGCCAGUGGAUCGAAAAGAUGCUCGAUUACAAUGUGCCAGGAGGAAAGCUAAACAGAGGAAUGUCCGUAAUCGAUAGUUACAAAUUGUUGAAAGAAGGGCAGCAUUUAAGUGAAGAAGAAGUCUUCCUUGGGUGUGCUCUUGGAUGGUGUAUCGAGUGGCUCCAAGCUUAUUUUCUUGUGCUGGAUGAUAUCAUGGACAACUCACACACACGCCGUGGACAACCAUGUUGGUUCCGGCUGCCCAAGGUGGGCUUGAUUGCAGUGAAUGAUGGAAUCAUCCUCCGUAACCAUAUCUGUAGGAUUUUGAAGAAGCAUUUCAGAGAUAAGCCUUACUAUGUAGAUCUCCUGGAUCUAUUCAAUGAGGUUGAGUUCCAGACAGCUUUAGGCCAGACGCUGGAUUUGAUCACUACGCACGAGGGGGCGAAAGAUCUUUCUAAGUACCAACUGCCAGUUUACAGGCGCAUUGUUCAGUACAAGACUGCAUAUUAUUCGUUUUAUCUUCCUGUUGCAUGUGCAUUGCUUAUGUCGGGGGAAAAUCUUGAAUCCUUCGGUGAUGUGAAGAACAUUCUUGUCGAAAUGGGUACCUAUUUUCAAGUACAGGAUGAUUAUCUUGACUGUUUUGGUGAUCCUAAAGUGAUUGGCAAGAUUGGAACUGACAUUGAAGAUUUCAAGUGCUCUUGGUUGAUUGUCCAAGCUCUGGAGCGUGCUCAUGAAGACCAAGUUAAAAUAUUGACUGAGAGCUAUGGCAGAACAGAUGCUGACUGUGUGAAAACGGUGAAGCAGGUUUACAGGGACCUUGAUCUUCAGAACGUCUUCUUAGAGUACGAACGUGCUAGUUAUGAGAAACUGAUCUCCUCCAUUGAAGCCCAGCCAAGUACGUCAGUGCAGAAAGUCUUGAAAUCAUUCCUGGGGAAGAUUUACAAGAGGCAGAAGUAAGUUCAGAGCAGAUAAGGAAAAGGAAAAAUUGUAGUCUUUUGUACCUUUUUUAUUAUUAUUUUUAUUUUUUUUUUGUCUGUCGAAGAGUAAUUUUCCUUUGAGUAUUUAUCGGGAAAGUGCUGUUUGAUUAUCUUCAUGAAGUUGUACGCUGGAGAGAGGUCUGCAUCUCUCAGGCCUUCCAUGGCUGGUUUUAACCUGGUUAGAAUUGAAUUAAUCAUAGGCAAGUGGCAUGGCAGUAUGGCACCAUCUUUGCUUACUGAUUCAAGCUUA